CGUCUGUUUGUUUACAUUCGCCAGAUGAUCGAACUCAGCAGCUGUGAUCCUAUUAACCACGAUGACCCACAGGAACCUCUUGCGUCUUUUCCUCGCAUCUCCGAACCUCUGUCGUACGACGAGUUCUUCAGGGAGUUUUUAGAGAAAAAUCGACCAUGUGUUUUCUCCAGCAGCUUCACACAGGAAUGGCUAGCGAGAGAGGACUGGGUCACACCCUCGAACACUCCCAAUGUGGAGUUCUUAAGAAACCAUUUCGGUGAUGGUGAAGUUCCUGUUGCUGACUGUGAUCAAAAGCAUUAUGAUUCUCAAGAAAAGAAAACUUACAAAUUAAGAGACUACAUAGAUUACUGGCACAGCCUUAGGGAUCCUUGUUUGGGGAAGAAGAGUUGUCUUUACCUGAAGGAUUGGCACUUUGUUCGGGACUUCCCUGCUUACAAAGCUUACUCUACACUUCAGUAUUUUGCAUCAGAUUGGUUAAAUGAGUUCUGGCAUGUACGUAGUGAUAUUCAUGAUGACUACCAAUUUGUAUACAUGGGACCCAAAGGAAGUUGGACACCCUUCCAUGCAGACGUAUUUCGAUCAUACAGCUGGUCUGCUAAUGUGUGUGGACGAAAACGUUGGGUAUUUUACCCCCCUGGUGAGGACCAGUUUCUACGUGACCCAUUUGGCACUCCUGUAUAUGAUGUUGAUUCUCCUGAUUUAAAAGAUAUUAGAAAAUACCCAAAUGCAGCUUCAGCCAAGGGCCGGAUAGAGGUUAUCCAGGAACAAGGAGAAACGAUCUUUGUGCCCUCUUGUUGGCACCACCAAGUGUGGAAUUUGGAAGAUACAAUAUCAAUCAACCACAAUUGGCUCAAUGGAACCAAUCUCCACCGAGCUUGGUACUUUUUGGUAGAGUCUCUACAACAGGUGGAGUAUGCUAUAAGGGACUGCAGUGACAUGGAUGAUUGGACAGGGCAGUGCCAGCUUCUCCUACAUGCCACACAUGGCAUGGAUUACCAUGAAUUCUAUACUUUUCUUCAAACUAUUGCCAGAAGAAGGAUCGAGACUCUCACUGGCAAGAAAACACAUCUAAGCUUUGGGAUUUGGGAGAAUGGCAAGAAUCACAUCUUAUAUGACUUGAAGAAAAUCCAGUGGUGUUUGGAACAGCUGCUGGAUGACGAACGGCUCGACACAAUCAAGGGAUUCUCUGAUACAGAAAAUCAUCCUUCAAAUCUCCUUGAUCAAGUUGUGAAUGUGCUUUCAUGAUUUCUUUUCUUUACAUUUUUUUGUUCUUUUAUUUAAAGACUCAUUUUCAAACUUUAUAUUCAAGAGUAGUUUUCAUUAUAGAUAUUACUAUUUCAUUAUAGAUAUUAUAUUGGAAUUACCUCUUAUAUUUUCAUAAGCUGGUAUAUGUAACAUACAGUACCGUUAUUCAGUACCAUUUAUUUGCACUACUUUUGCUCAAAAACAAAUAAACAAACUGGAGUAUACCUUCUUCUUGGGAUAUGACUUAUACACAAAAUUACUCCUAUAAAAGUAGUAUAGUUAAAAUAGUAAUUAAUUGGCUGUAAUGUGGCUUUCAAAAAAGACUAUAAUACUCUGACUGUAUAGUUUAAGGUACUGAAGGUAAAGCAAAGAAUGUAGUGAGUAUUUGAGGAUUAUUGUCCACCCUGUAGACCAUUUUUUAUAUUUCUGAAAGAAGUAUUAGUGCAAGAUAGAAUUCAGGUAUUAAAAUGAAUGGGAGAAUGGAGGGUUUUUUGACUAAAGCAUAAUUAAUGUGAUAAGUCAGCAACCAGAGAAUGUUUAGGAUAUUAUAAGAGAAUAAAUGUUGAGUACAAAUGAGGGACAGGCUACUAGUAUAGUCAGCAUUUGCUAAAGAUGCAUUUUUUAAAGGCAUUACUUUUUGUUACUUAGGUAUUUGUUAUUGACAAUAACAGUGUCUUACUUCAUGUCAGUACAUCUAGUGUUAUACUGAGAGAUUCAUUCCUUCAAUGGACUGAAUUCCAUAAUUACAUGAUACUGUAUCAGUAUCUGUAGCUAUUUAUUAAUUCAUUAGAAUGUCAUUAUAAUUCAGUUAUUAUUUAUUGGAUAUUAUGGUCUGUGAAAUACAACUGGUUAUAAUAUAUGUACAUAAUAAGAUUCCUAGGAAGUUCAGUGUUUAAUUAUGCAUUUGUAAGUAAUGGGGCUAAUUCACCAAAAGUAUUUUCUAAGAAAUUACAAUCAAAGUUUAACUUCUUCAGUAACAUUGUACAUAUUUAUACUCGUAUUCAUUUGUGUAACAGAUUGCAGUUAUGUAAGAGAAAAUAUUAUAUUUUGAAUUCUGGUCUCUGAAACGUUUUCUCAAUAAGUCGGAUUUGAUGGGUUCACCCCUUUGCUUCCAAACACCUCAUUUUUGCUUUCACAGGUUAUUAGAGAAGAUAUAGCUUUAAUAUAAAGCUUGUAACAGCUUUUUGCCUUAGAACUUCUUUUAUUGUUGAUGUUUGCUGAUAGUUAGUUCCUUCAUUUUUCCUAAGGGCUCUAUCUAGUUUGUACUCUAGUACAGCAAAACAUAGUUAAGUCUGUACAGCCUUUCUUACUCUUGUGAUAUCAGCUAAUUUAUUUACUUGCUUGCAGAGAUCUACUAGGGACUGUUUCAUUUAACAAAACAAUUUUAUCACCACAGAUGUCUUUUUUAUUUCUUUGUAUGUAUGUAUGUGUGUGUGUGUGUUUGCGUACACAUGGCACAUAUUUUGUGAAUUUUGUUGCACACAGAUGGCUCCACAAGAGCUCAGCCACCAAGGGGUCAAUUAGUAGGCCUAAUGGUGAACUCACCAGAUUUCCCUUGAAUUGAAUAUUUGUGAAAAAUGUUUCUUCCAGAUGCUGAUAAUAUUUUUACUGCUAUUUUUAUUAAUGACAUUUUGAUUAUGAUGUUAAGAUAUUAUUAAUUGUAAAAAAUAUUAUUCCCAAAAAUCAGGGGAAAAGGGUGAACAGGUUAAAUACGGCUGUAACUGACUCCUAAGUGAUUAAGUACAUGUGGAGCCAUCUAUAUGUAAACACAAUUAAUAAGUCAAAAUCACAAUAAACAUGGAAUGUGUUUCAUGCCAUCUCAGCACAAAGGGUUAAGAUUAAGACUCAGAGUGAUGCUCUUAUAUAAUGUGUUGAACAACCUUUGGAUCAUCAGAGACAGUGAUUCUCAACAGAAGGUGUGUAAGUUUCCAGUAACAGGGGGAAACUUACAUACAUAAUAGUUCUCAGAAUACUAGGUUUGUAGUCAGGUAAACGUUGGGGAAUCAUGCAGAGUUGUGAUAAUUGUUGUUCAAGAUAUAGAGUCCUAGCCAUAUGUGAACUUUAGCAAAGUAAAUUAAAUAUUUUCUUUAUGUGUUUAUAUAAAAAAGUUCAUCUUACUCAUAGGAAGAAAGUAUGUUGAGAACCACUGAUCUAUAGUAUCCAAAUAAGUAACAGGUAUUAGAUUGCAUACUCUCCUGACUGUAUCUCUUUAUAUUUAUUAAUUCUAAUGUCUCUGUUUGGACUGUUAUUAUGGAUUCAGAAGGCUGUAAGUAAUAAUUUCUAGGAAACUGACUUUAUUUUGAUGCUGAUUUGACUUGCUUCUAAUAUGGCAUAUGUUUACCAUAUUUCAGUGGUAAACAUUUGGCAAAAGGUAACCUGAUCCAUUAUUCACAUAUAGUUAUUCAUAUUCAUAUUAUUCACUCUGAAAUGUCUUGAUAAAUGCACAUGCUUUAUUUAUUAGGGUUGUAUUAUUUAUGAAUGAGUAUUCAUCAGUAUAGAAGCAGUGUUAGUUUCAAAUAGUUGUACAAUUGUCUAUGUAUUUACAUUAAAAAUUCUUGGUCAGUAGAAAAUAUUGUCAGUGUUAGUGUUUCUUAUAUUAGGCUAUGUCAUUUUCGUUGUUCAGAAACGUCAAAGUAAUGUGCAAAAGCAAAUCUGAAAAUGCAGAGCCAGUUUACACUUUAGCCUCCUGAAUUCAUAAUCUAAUUUAUUUUUUUUAUGUUGACUAAGUCAUUUUGUGUGUUCACUAAGUUAUUUUGUGAUAUACAUGGUUAAAUAAUACACACUAUUAUGUAUAGAUGCCUCCUUGAAAUAGCACGAGUUAUAAGUGUAUCUUGAGCUUCCUCUUGGGAUUAACAUAGUGCUAUUGAGUUUAAUGUUUAGUACUGAAUUAAUGAUAUCAGAGUUGUUUCAUCAGUGCAGAUGAUGCUUUUAUGCUGCUUAGAAGAACAGGGGUAUUAGAUGUAUAUUCCUGGGUACAACUUCAACAGAUAAACCUUUGUGUGCUCUUGUCGUGAUAUUAUACUUCUGUUGUAUAGUCAGCUUAUGGAAUGUGAUAGUACUGUGUUAAGAUUUAUUUGUUUGAAGCAUCAAAGUGUGGUUUACAGUUUAUCUUUAUGAAUGGUGCUAAAGCUGUACAUGCCUUGCCUUAUCUAGAUCUGCUUCCAGUAGAGGUAACAAGCUGGUGAGAUUUCUACUGAAGGAGCAUUUUGGAUCAAGGACAAAGGUAGAAGUACCGGGUCAUUAGACUAUUUGAGUGCAAGUGCUUCAUCUUCCUGCAAUUGCCUUGAUUCCCUGAAACUCAGUUCUUUUCUUGUUAGAAAAAAUAAAGUCUUUAGCACUUUGGAAUGUUACUGAUUUUCUUAUUUCUUGAAAAAAAAUGAUCUAAACAGCUUGUAUCAUGAACCUGAGAAUGCAUAUCAGAGUAGCAGAGUUACAGACAAAUAGUACAAGUACACUGUUUUAUGUACUUCAUGAAUCAAACUUUAUCAAACUUAUGAAUACUAUAUUUAAGUAAUUUUAUUUCUAAACACAUUGUGUGUGUGUGUGUGUGUGUGUGUGUGUGUGUGUGUGUGUGUGUGUGUGUGUGUGUGUGUGUGUGUGUGUGUGUGUGUGUGUGUGUGUGUGUGUGUGUGUGUGUGUGUGUAUGUGUGUGUAUGUGUGUGCGUGUGCAUGUGCGUGUGCGUGUGCGUGUUGAGGAGCUGUCUGUGCCAGGAUGUUUGUCUAAAUAAUUUACAUCAUAUUCAAGAGAUAUAUGAAUACUUUGAUAUAUAAGCAUUUAAUGUUGCAAAAUACUGUCAUGCCUUACAUAUUGUCAUUAUUGCAAUACUCAAAAACACAGAAUUACAUCUUUGUUACAGUCAUUGCAACAUAAGUAACAAAAAUCCAUUAAGUAAUAGACCUAAUGUCUCCUAAUAUAUGUCCUGCUACAUCAGACUUAAUUAGUAUUGUGUAUCAUGAAAAUUCCCUGCAAUUUAUAUUCUACUAUGACUGCUUUAAAGGGUAGAGUCUCAUCUGUGGUUUGUUUUAGUAUGGAAAACUGUGCAUAAUAUGUAUCAACUGCUUGGCUGUAAUAGAAGUAUGGUAAUAUUUUGUAAUUA